AUGGCAACCCCGCGGGCUCUGCUGCCCCUGCGCAGCCUGCUCGGCCGCCCAUGCGCCGCGGCUCUGCGCCAGCAAACAAGGGCGUCCAGCUCCAACUCGUCGUCCACGCAGGCGCUGGCGUACAAGGCCCUGCACCGCCGCAUCGCGCCGCUCCCGACCGAGGACCGUCCCCCGGCCUGGUCUGCCCCGGCUGCCGUCAGUAGCAUCCUCUACGAGACGCCUCUGCCCUCGCAGAAGCCGCACAAGAAGCACAUCCUCAACUGCUUGGUGCAGAACGAGCCGGGUGUGCUCUCCCGCGUCUCUGGCAUCUUGGCCGCCCGCGGCUUCAACAUCGACAGUCUCGUCGUCUGCAACACCGAGGUCGACGACCUUUCUCGCAUGACCAUUGUCCUGCAGGGGCAGGAGGGUGUCGUCGAACAGGCCCGCCGCCAGCUCGAAGACCUGGUCCCUGUCUGGGCCGUGCUCGACUACACAGAAUCUCCACUGGUCCAGCGCGAAUUGCUCCUUGCCAAGAUCUCUAUCCUGGGCCCCGAGUACUUCGAGGAGCUCCUUGCUCACCACCGUGACAUGGCACACAACCCCGAACUCGAGAACUUCAAUCCGGAUGAGUUGACCGAAGAGGAGCGCCAGGCUCUCGCAGAGGAGGCAGCUCGGGACUCUCUGAGGAAAGACUACCAUCCCAGCAACCUCGCCGUCAGUCAAGCGCUCCGUCACAAGCAUGAGCACUUGCGCGCUAUCACCUUCAUGACCCACCAGUUCAAGGGCAAGGUUCUGGACAUCAGCACCAACAAUUGCAUCGUUGAGCUUUCUGCGAAAUCAGAUAGGAUCGACUCGUUCAUGAAGCUUAUUGCUCCAUUUGGUAUCCUGGAGUCUGCACGGACCGGUCUCAUGGCCCUUCCUCGUUCGCCCAUUCACAGCUCCGAGGACGUCGGUGAGAAGGAGGCUGAGGACAUUGUCGACACAAGCUUAUUGCCUCCCGGCUAA